AUGAUCUUCUGCUUCGAACAGCGUGAAAACAAGACGUUCCUCGCCCGCCUCUGCGAGCAGGCCGAACGCUACGAUGAGAUGGUCACGUACAUGAAGGAAGUCGCCAACAUCGGCGGCGAACUCACUGUUGACGAGCGUAACCUCCUGUCUGUCGCUUACAAGAACGUCGUCGGUACCCGACGUGCUUCGUGGCGUAUCAUCUCCUCCAUCGAGCAGAAGGAGGAAUCCAAGGGCUCUGAGCAGCACGUCGGCAUUAUCCGCGACUACCGUCAAAAGAUCGAGACCGAGCUGGAGAAGGUCUGCCAGGACGUUCUCGAUGUGCUGGACGAAUCUCUGAUCCCCAAGGCUGAGACCGGCGAGUCCAAGGUCUUCUACUACAAGAUGAAGGGUGAUUACCACCGUUACCUUGCUGAGUUCGCCUCUGGAAACAAGCGCAAGGUUGCCGCUACUGCUGCCCACGAGGCUUACAAGAACGCAACCGAUGUUGCUCAGACCGAACUCACUCCCACGCACCCAAUCCGCCUGGGACUUGCCCUGAACUUCUCUGUUUUCUACUACGAGAUCCUUAACUCCCCUGACCGUGCCUGCCACCUUGCUAAGCAGGCUUUCGACGACGCUAUUGCGGAGCUCGAUUCUCUCUCCGAGGAGAGCUACCGUGACAGCACUCUCAUCAUGCAGUUGCUGCGUGACAACCUUACUCUGUGGACUUCAUCCGAUGGCAACGAGCCCGAGAACGUGUCUGCUCCCAAGGAGGAAAAGCCUGAGGAGGAAGCCGUCGCUCCCGAGGAGAAGCCCGAGGAGGCCAAAGCCCCCGAGUCGUAA